GGGGCCGCCCGGGAAGCGCCAGCGUGUAGUGCCGAGCGGGGCCGGGUCGCUGGUCCUUGAGGGUCUUUUCCGACCCGGGAUAUUCAAUGAUCUCGCUCAAUACCAGCAUUGCUUAAAGGAAGAGCGCGGUUUAUAAUAUUUUUAACAAAUUAAAAACCUUUGUGUUAAGUAUUUGUAUUGACAGAUCAGAAAUGAGGCUGAGGAAUACAAUAUUUUUUGACGAGGCGAGCAAACGAACCCAGAAGCACGCAGAAAGUGACAAGCUUCACGGUGUAGAAUCAUUAAGGUUGGAAAGACUGCUAGGAUCAUCGAGUCUUGCCUUCAGCCCAUCCCCACCAAUACUGCCCGCUCACCCACACUGUUGCCACAUCCACACGGUUCUUCAACACCUUUGUGGACGGUGACUGCACCACCUCCAUCGGCAGCCUGUGCCACGGCAUCACCGCUCUUGCUGAGAAGAAAUUACUCCUAAUAUCCAGCCUAAACCUCUCCUGGUACAACUUAAGGCCCUUAAGGCAACUUCACCUCUGGUCCUACUGCUGAUACCCAGCGAAGAGGCCGACCCCCACCUCAGCACAACCUCCUUGCAGGCAGUAGUAGAGAGCGUGCAUACAGGUUUGCUCUUCUUCACUGUUUAGAAGGAAAUAAGAUCCAUGACAAAAUAAUCUUACCUAACCUGCCAAAGUGCGUGCAGUUUGAAGGCAACUGAGUUUGUCUUGGCAACAACAGCAUUCGAGAAGGAAAAGAACUUAAAAAUGAGCAUAUCCAAAGAGUAUUUCUGAUUUGUAGGGGUAGGACGACGCUGAGCUCUGAAGAAGGAAAGAAGGCACAGCAACGUGCUUCUGUUCUCACCGAAUUCUGAUCUGUUACAAUCAUUUUGAAAGCUGUAAUGCUAACUGGACAACUGGAUCAGAGAGCCAGAGAGAAAAGCAGGUAGAAUAUAGUACAAGAGGCAGAUGACAGGGCCAAAACCAAGCUUAUCCGUACGCGUGUUCUCCCAUCUCAGACACAACAGCAGGCAGCUUUAGCUGCAGCGCUUUCAGCUCUUGUACUGACGUGCCAGAGUAUAAUUCAGCAGCCAGGGAUUUUGCUUACUAAGCUCUGCUUUCCCUCGAAAUGCCCUCAACGCUGAGGACUGGAAAGAGCAGCGGAUAGACCUGGUUAUUAGCUGUGCCUCGGAGAUGCUCAACAGAUGUUCCCAGCAGCUACGAGAUACGGCAAUCCCAUCUGCUCAUGGGUUUGGCAUUACUGCCCACGCUACACUGAGAUCCCUCUUGCAAAGCAGCACAGGUUAAAAACUGCUCACAGCUCUGCAUCAUCGCAGUCACAUCUGUAUCCACAGAUGUGUCUAUGGGAUUUUAUGGGGGGAAAAGCAGUAAGUGUUUUUCAGAUUUUAAGAAAAAUAAAGAUAGUGUCGUACCAAUGCUAUCUAAUGCACUGAACACUGCUCGUUUGUGAACAAUCUGGAUGUGUGGGAAGAGGGGGAAACGACUAAAAAGGGAGAGGUCUCACAUCCAUACAGUUUAGCAAACCACAAACAAAGCAGGACAAACAAGCAAACAAAGCACCGCUCCCUGGGAUGUCACGCUCUGAAGCACAUUUAAUACCAAAGGCAGGAGCAGAGAAGACGGCACGACAACACAAGGGAAGAACAAGGCGGAGAAGAGAGCAGCCACUUUACCGCAGCGUGGUAACCCCGAGGUGGCAUUGGAGAAGGAGGAAAGGCAGGUGCAAAAGGGCGAAUAUGGAGAUAAGGGGGUGGGAGUGGCUGGAAGGGGCGGACGGGGAACAAAGAAGGUCGGAGCGCUGCGCAGGGAAGGGCGGGGAAACAGAGCGCGAAGGCCGUAACGGCACAAAGACCAGCAAUAAAAAAAACCGCUCUGAGAGCAGCGAGGUGCGGCCGCCGGGCGGUAUAGAGCGGCGCUGGUGCGUGGGCGGAGCUCAGCUCGGCCAAUCAGAAGGAGGCAGGCUCGCAGGAACCAGCGAGAGGGGGUGGCUAGGAGGGCUCGUUUGGUGCCGUGCUCGGCGCUUCCGCUCGCAGAGCUGAGGCGGGGUUUUGUGCUUUCCUUCCGCGCGCUUCUUCGCAGCGCGAGGAACGUGAAGUGUGCUUCUUUGUGACUGGGGCUUGCCUUACUCUUCGUGCUGACUUGUUUUAGUAGCGUUCUGCCCGUUUAUUUUUCACACAGAGGGUGGUGACGUACUGGAACAGGUUGCCCAAGGAGGCUGUGGAUGCCCCAUCCCUGGAGGCAUUCAAGGCCGGGCUGGAUGUGGCUCUGGGCAGCCUGGUCUGCUGGUUGGCCACCCUGCACAUAGCAGGGGGGUUGAAACUCGAUGGUCAUUGUGGUCAUUUUCAACCCAGGCCAUUCUAUGAUUCUAUGACUUUUUAAAUAAACACACGUAGUGAUUGGUUCAUCCCUGCUAAUUACAGCAAUGCUUGUUCCCUUAGUCUGGGAAGGAACAGCAAUCCCAUUAUUCAACUUAUGUUUUCUCAAAUAUGUAACAAAUCAGACUGCUGGUGUUGCUUACACCACUCCAGUCAUUAACUGUUGAGUUUGAGCAGUGAGCAAACCUUUCCCUGAGGCAUACUGGUGGGUGCCAGCCUAAGUCAUUGUACCCCAGGUUGUCAACAACAACCUUCCAAAGCAUGUUGCUGUAAUACAGCCCCACACCAGAAAUUUGUAAGCAGCUGGGGAGACAAGCAGUUGAAAUCAUACCUUGACUGCCAUUCCCCAAAGUGCUGUUUCUCUAUAACCGCACCAGAGCAUGAGCUUGUAUGAAUUCAGACCUAAAAACCUCCAUGGUUCUGGAGUAACAAGCUAGCAGUUACACCUGAUGGUGUUUUGAGAGUCUCCUGCUCAGAAGUCUGUCAAUCAUUUGAAUUGAAGCCACCCUCAGUGAAGGGAUAGCUGACGGGUCACCUUAGAAUGACACUUCAGCAUGUGUUAAAGGCUGGCCUGUGUUCCUGCCAGGCUCUGACUGCCAGCCAGGGCCAACAGUUGGGCAGGCCUUCUCCCAAAAACGUGAGGAUCAGGAGAGAUUUCUGGAUGUUCUUCUUUCUUUUGGGUGCAGAAAUAUACAAUUCUAUAAUAUCAUCAUCUUACUUAAAUCGCUGGAGCAAGUGCAGAGCAUGUGCAUUCAGAUGUUAUGUGGCAAAAAGCUCUGUUUUAUGCCUCAAAGGUGAAUGGAAAUCCCCAUCCCUCCAUAAAGAGGAAUUGCAAAUGCUGCAGUACACAACACAAAUAGUCAUCAGUUCUGUGGUCUUAUUUAUGUAUAGUCUUCUAUGUCUUCCAUUUUUUGGUGCAUAUGCAGCUAAUUGAAAAGUAAAUAAAAACAAAGUGGCAAUUAGAGAAGACCCCCAUGUCUUAUCUUUUACCUCUUUUUUCCUGUUCUGUCCCACUUCUGUUUGUUUUGUUUGUUUGUUUGAGAGAUCCUUUUUUACUCGAUCAUUAUGAAUAUGGCUUUUCACAGAGAUGCAAAAUACACAAGAGCUCAAUUAACCUAAAGGAAAAAAUGUGCUAUAGCUGUUCAAUCUGAAAAAAAAAUCCCAGUUAAAGUGAAUUAAAUAGGUUAAAUAGGAUAACUCUGUUUUAUGGAAUCUAAAAUUAUUUACCACUGCAAAUCUAUUUAGAGGAAAUUAACCCUAAUUCUUCUUUGAAUAUGUUUGUGACGUUUUAAAUGUAAUUUAAUUCAGCUGCUAAUGAAGCUCAUACCAUUCACACAAAAGCUAGGAUAAGUAUUGUGCGUGAGUACUGUGAAAGCUGCACUUAAAGAUGUUACAGUGUGAUGUUGUUUUUCCCUUUUCCCAAGAAUUUAAAUUGUUUGGUGUAGACAGAUAACUAAUGUGAAGUUGUGUCUUUCAUUCAGCAGAGACUUGCUAUAUGUUGCUGAUAGAUUGGAGAGAGGCCGGGAGGAAGGGAACAUUCCAGAUGUUACAGGACGGACACAGAUACAACUGAACACCUGAGAGUCAACCAGCCAUCAUUCUAUCAUACUUCUGGAAGCCAUUACUUCAGAUGCUUCCAGGACUGUGGAAGAGCCAGCUUCCCUUGUUGCUUGUGGCUGCGUGGUUGGUGCCAGCACAUCCAGGGAUGCUCUCCAGCCUCCAGCUCAUCAUGCUUCUGCACUGGGUGAUCUUGCUGCUGCUGUUGUCCUCUAGUGGUCACAUUUUUCUCUCCAUUAUUUUCUCUCCUCAAAUUCAUGUCAUCAUCCUUCCCAUCUGCCAGGUUCUCCUCUCUGUACUGUACAUCUCCUGGGUUAUUUUUGUUGGAAGCUCAGGGAGCUGCCUGUUUUCCCUCUACUUCUUCUCCUGACUGCUCCACUAGGUUUUGAAUUUAAUUCCCUCUGCUCCUUCCCACAUGUCUUCACUAGCAAGCAGAUGACAGUAUGGUACAUUUCUGUUAUUUUCUAAGCCUCUAGGCCACAGAUAUUCCUCAGAGGCCAGUUAGAUUCUCUAAGAUCAGGGUUGUUUCUAAACAGCAUAGUCAUUUGACCUUUGCAGAAGAGUUUGUUUUACCAAGGGAAAAUAAUUUAGGCUGACAGGUACGGAAAAUCUAAUAAUAGGUAUUUAAAACAGAACAUUACUACAAUUAUAAAUAUGAAUAAAAUCAUCCAUUUUCCUUUUGGAUUUAGGGGGCAUCAUUAUUUCUGUUUAAAAGGCCAAGUACAUUUGUUUAUCAAUGGUCCAAGUUUCCUAGAAAUAGCAUCGUCCAGUUGUACUGCAUGACCCCUCCAGUUUUGAAUACACUAAUAGCGAUCAAGGUUUUUGCCACACUGCUCAUCCUGCCAGUCCUGCUGCCAGCUUGGAAAUGUCAAGACCUCAGGAGAUAUCAUGAAACAUUAUGUAUUGAAUAUAUAUAUAUCUUGAACAGCACUUUAAAAAUUACAGUGGUACUUUAAAGCAAUACAGUUCAUCACCCUCUCUGUCUUUUUUCUCUUCAGUGUUGAUUACUGCCAUCAGCAACACUGUGCCUGCCAGGGAGAUAACAUUCAAGUUAAAACUGGAUUUCUUGUUUGUAGUGGAGAAAAAAAAACAAACUUCAAAUACCAGACUUGCACGCAAAAAGUGCAGGGCACCAUGGGUGCCGUGCCUGUUAGAAAGUGAAGAAGUGUCUCAUGACUUACAAGUAUGCUUUACAUCCUUUUGAAAUGUGGAGAAGCUCAUCUAGAUGAUGAUUAAAGAAAAUUUUAACUGCAGGAAUUUGCUCCAGGAUGUGAAGCUGGCCUCAUAGUAAGGCAGAGCAUAAAUCGCUGAGUUUUGCCUCUUGGUAAAUUGUUUGAUCAUUCGCUGUGCCGUACACUUGGUCAUAACAGCGUUAUUUCUGCCCGUGCCUCAGGCUCUUUCACAAAGAUCACUUCAUUCUUUUUCAGAGCAAACAAAAAUGCAUGUUCUUCUGCUGUCCUUAGUGCUCUCUUGAUCAAAUAUGUCAAAUAAAAUACAUCUCUUAUCUUUUCGUGAGCUUAUGCUUUAUUCCUCUUUUAUUAUCCAAUGCUACAUUCUGUCAGUAUGUGGAAUACCAAAAAAUACAUGUUCCUUGCCUGUGAGAAAUGAUGCUUUAAACAAAAGGAAUGCUGAAAGAAAUCAGAGCAGAAAUAAAAGGGAAAAGAUAGAAACGUAGCAAGGCGGUUUUGUUUUUCAGACCAUUUCAUUUGUGAUUCUGGUUUAGUUCUUUAUGGAUGGAAUUCAUCUCAGUGCAAUCAGUUUAAAACACAAGAAUACCACCUGUGCCAUAGAAUGAGGCUGCACUUACCUAGAGGAAAGCAGUAGAUACCUCCAGAGGGUGAUACAUCCCUUUAGGCAAGUAUCUAAAAGAUGUGGUAGGAUGGACCCUGCAGGAGUCUUUGUCUUUCUCCCCUGACUCCAGGAAGCCCAGGUAAUCUGUUUAGAGGAGGUACUUAUUUUUCUGUUGGCAAGAAAAAUCCCAGGCUCAAAUUAUUUUAUUUCAUAUCAUAACUUUAAAGAAAAGCAUAAUUAUUUGUAUACUUUUUCUGACAGUUUUGAAAUUUUCAUUAAAGGGAAAAAAAUUGUCAUAUAUCCAUAGAGGUGUUUAUUCAACAUAUUAAUGGGAGGGCAGUGCACACCUCCACGGGCUGAUGCCAUGCUCUGAAGCAACUGGGACACCCAACGCUGCAGCCUCUGCCCAUUCCAUUUCCUCACUGCUGGUUGGUGUAUGUGAAAUGAAAUAUACCCAAGUACUUGCAGUUCCUUUCCUUUUGUGUGUUAAGGAUAUUCCUAAGACCUAAGAAAUUACAACUGUAAGACCUGUGAUGACUUGAAAAAUCAUGCACCAGUGCUAUCUACCCUCCAGCAGCAUGGGACGAGUGAGCAUUAUAAAUCCAGAUCCUUUACCAAGGGAGAGAUUAAAGAAGUGAGAUAGAAGUUCCUUAAUCCCUGCCUCAAGCAUUUUAAAACCUCUUUCUUGUUCAGGGUCCGACAUAAAUCAAAACACAGGACCAGCUAUAUUCUGGAAAUAAAUCUUCCUUCAUAUUUACUUCUCACAUAACUUCUCUGUAACAAAAUCUGAAUUCCCUACCAAAUAUGCUGAUAAAAUGUCAACCAUUCUAUGAUUUAGUAGCAUCACAAUAAUAAUGCUUUCUUCAGUUACGUGUCAUUCUUUCAGGAUGCAUUUGACAUACUGCUUACACAGAACAAAUAGAAUUAAUAUCUUAGUUUAUCACUUAGUCUUUUGGUUUUUUAAUUUUCAAACCCAUAAAAAUAAAUAAUAAUCAGUGUAAUAUGGAGAAAUUUAAAUAAAUAUUUGGUCAUGUGUGAAUACAAACAAAGUGCAGAUUAAAUCAGCCUGAAAAAAAAGUCUCUCACAACUAAUUUCCACAUGCACUUGUGGAAAAUAACUUCCAAAAAUGUAUGUGUACACAUUAUUUCUGCUAGAGUGAGUUCUCAAAGUAAUAGCAGAGGACACAGCACUGAACACUACAGUAUGAUCAUCCGUCUGUUUUUUGUUUGCUUGCUUGUUUUUCUAAAAGAAUAGGAACUAUCAAAAGAAAAGCAGCAUUUAGUUUAUAAGAAGUAUUUUGCACACUUAGAAAACUUUCUGUUUGAGGGUGUGAUGCUUUACGGACAGCCGUGAAUUAGGCCUUACAAGCAGACAGAGAAGGACUAAUAACAAGUAGAUCAAAACUAGAAAUACGUAUCCAAGGUGAUAUACAGUUCUGAAAAUUGAAAUCAAAGUGCUACAGGUUUGACAAGGCCAUCCACAAAUGGCUGCUGAUUGAGUACAAGUGGGUGAGCGCCAUCCUGGAGCUGCUCCUUCUCAAGAUGGCGGUGUAGGCCGUGCACCACACUGCAGGUGCUCACAGGUGAGGGUACAGGCAAAAACGUCUGCUGAAAAGUCAGCACUGAGGCUGUACUCAAGUUGUUGUUGUGUCUUUAGCCUUUGGUUGGGGAAAAGAAAAAGAAAAAAAGAAAUAAUGUUCAUGCCAUUGAUUCAGAGUUUGAUCUAACUUGAAGCCGACUUGUUACAUCCACAUGAGCUUUGGUCACAACUUUUGAGCAGGCGUAUUUGCAGUCACCCCAAGGCCCAAACCCUGCUCUUUCUGUUGCUUUCACCCCUGUCGUGAGGAGGAGUUGUUUUUAUUCUGCACUCAAUUAAACCAGUACCACCGGACUUCUGAUGCUAAGCAGUGGUGAAGGCUCCAAGAUGUGGCUGCAAAAUGGAACAAUUGAACAGUUGUUCAACUACACAACAAUUAAAGAGUUGGUUCUUAAGAAUCCUUAUCUUCUCUUUUAAGGUAUAAGAACCUUUUCUGCGUGUCACAAUAUUCUUUCACUGCACAUACUUGCUAAUGCCAGAAACCCCAUCAGAGUGACUUCACAAAUCACCCCCUUGGCAGGUUGCAGGCCAGGUCUCAUUCUCACCUACACCUUGGUGCCUCGGGGGACGCGCGAUCUUGUUCAGCUGAAGUGCACAGGUAUGCCUUUACUUGCUUCCCUCAUUCUGUGCAGUUCGCUUCCAGCUGAAACACUCGGCUGCCUGAAAUACAGGUAAGUCAUCUCCAGUAUUUAAUUUUCCUGCUGAGUGUGAAACUGAAAUGUGUUGGAGUUUUGCUGGUCUUUGUUUAUCUGCUAAAGUGAGUCAUGUUUAAAGAAUAUCAUUGGUAUGGAGUGUGAAUGGGACAUGUAAUUACAAAGAUGCAUAGGUUACUCCUGAUUGCUGAAACAGCCACACAGGCAUGUCUAUUCUCUCAUGUAUUGAUUGGAGUUGUGUGAACCAAGCCUAUGUGGAGCCUGUAAAAUCUGAAAUACUUUGAAUGCCUGUUCUUAUGUAAACAGUUGCUCUGUUUACACAGUGGGGUAUUUUGUCUAAGACAUUUUGGGUGUACUUGCAUGGGGGCACCCCAGCAGCCACGGUGGCAUCAGAACAUGUUGAUUCCAUCAGUGCCUACAGAUGGAGAAAGAGGUGGAAGACACAAAAAGUGAAGUCAGGCUGUGGUUUUGAAGCUCUACAUGGUGGAAGGAUGCUGGGCCAUAUGUUCCAUCCAUUUCUGCCUUCUUUUUUUUCCCAGUAGAGUUCUCGUGUUAGCAAAUCACACCUUCCUCUGCAAGAAUGUUAGUAGAAAGGUUGUGAAGUAAAAGCCACAGCGAUCCUCCUGUGGGUUCUAGCUGAGGUCUCCUCCAUACAAGUCUUUUGAGUUGAUAGUAACAUUAUCUAUUUUUCCUCACUGCACUUAAAUAUUUAGUUAUACUUGUAUCUCUAAUGAGACCAAAAUCUGUAUCACCUAACUUUAGACAUUAUUCAGUAGCAUCUGUUAGGAUUUCUGGCUUUGUUUGAAGUCAAUGCAAAAAAACAAGAACUUAGAGAGAAGGAGUUAAAUCUCUGCAGAUAGCUCUGUUGAAUCUAUUUAGGACUAAAUAAUUUAUAUUUGAAUACCACAGAAGUUUUGCUGAUAACAUUUAAUUUCUAUUUUAAACCGAAUAUAUAUGUUUUAUGCUCUUUUGCAAAAGUACAUGUGAGGUAUCCCUCUGCUUUGAUCCCAUUCUGAAAAAAUCUGUCAUGAGAAUUUUCCACCAGAACAAAGGCAAGACCAGCAUUUGUUUUUAAUCUUGGUGUUUUUACUGGGUUCCAUUCCUUUGCUGAAAGACAGCUCCAUGAGCUCCAUGAAAACCCACGCACAAGGCAUGCCCUGGGGCAAAUGAGCAUUGUGUGACCCACUGGCUCUUCUCUUCCAGCCAGAUCAGCCUGAUCUCCAUGCAGAGACAUGAGGCUUGGCUGGCCCUUCUGUUGCACCUCAUGCUGGUGGGACUCCAGCAGGCACAGGAUGACUGCGGGGCUGGGUCCUGCCACCCGGCUGUUGGGGACCUCCUCCUGGGUCGCAGCAAGCAACUAGUGGCCUCUUCAACCUGUGGAGUGAAUGGCCCCCAGAAGUACUGCAUCAUAGGCUACCUUGAGGCUGAACAGAAGUGCUUUGUCUGUGAUUCCAGGUACCCAUAUAAUCCCUAUACACAACACAACAGCCACAUGAUUGAAAACGUUAUCACAGCUUUUGAGCCAGAUAGGAAGAAAAAGUGGUGGCAGUCAGAAAAUGGCGUUGACCAUGUCAGUAUUAGACUGGACCUAGAAACUUUAUUCCAGUUCAGCCAUCUCAUCCUGACCUUUAAGACAUUUCGGCCCGCAGCAAUGCUGGUUGAGCGCUCUACCGACUUUGGUCAGACCUGGAAAGCGUUUAGGUAUUUUGCACAGGACUGUGCAGCUUCUUUUCCCAACAUCUCUUCUGGUCCAUCAAAGGGUGUGGGAGACGUCAUUUGUGAUUCAAGAUAUUCAGACAUUGAGCCCUCCACUGAAGGCGAGGUUGUCUUAAAAGCUUUGGAUCCUAGCUUUGAAAUAGAAAACCCAUAUGUGCCAUAUAUCCAAGAGCUCAUUACAAUGACAAACCUAAGGAUCAAUUUUACCAAACUCCAUACCCUCGGGGAUGCUCUCCUUGGAAGAAGGCACGGUGAUCCCCUUGAGAAGUAUUACUAUGCUGUCUACGAGAUGGUUGUGCGGGGCAACUGUUUUUGCAAUGGCCAUGCCAGCCAUUGUGAUCCCAUACAGAAUCUGCGGGGUGAUGUCUUUCAUCAGCCUGGCAUGGUGCACGGGCGAUGUAUCUGCCACCACAACACUGAAGGCUUGUCCUGUGAAAGAUGUAAAGAUUUCUACAACGACGCUCCCUGGAGGCCAGCUGAAGGGACACACAAUAAUGCUUGCAAACGCUGUAACUGCAAUGGACACUCUGGCAGGUGCCACUUCGACAUGGCCGUGUACCAGGCCAGCGGUGGGGUCAGCGGUGGAGUCUGUGAGGACUGCCAGCACAACACCACAGGACACCACUGUGACCAGUGCAAGCUCUUCUUUUACCAGGAUCCACACAAAGCCAUCUCGGACCCUCAUGCAUGCCUCCCCUGCAGCUGUAACCCAGAGGGCACACUGCAUCAUGGUGCGUGUGAGAGCCACACAGACCCUGUGCUGGGAACGGUGGCAGGCCGAUGCCUGUGCAAGGAGAAUGUGGAGGGUGUCCGCUGUGACAAGUGCAAGGCCAACCACUUCAGGCUGAGAGGCAGCGACCCACUGGGCUGCCAGCCCUGCAACUGUGAUGCUGCCGGCACUUUGCCUUUCUCCGUCUGUGACUCUACCACUGGGGAGUGCCUCUGCCAGCAGUUCACCACGGGCCGGCGCUGUGAGAAAUGUGUUGAGGGAUACUGGGGUCUUGGCAAGAGCGUGUAUGGCUGUUCUCCAUGUGACUGUGACAUUGGUGGAUCCCAGGAUAACUUGUGUUCACCAGAGGACGGUCAGUGCAAGUGCCUUCCCAACAUCGUGGGCCGCCAGUGCAAUGAGCCAGCCCCAGGCUACUUCUUUUUGCCCCUGGAUUAUUAUAUUUAUGAAGCUGAGCAUGCAACGCCCCUUUCUGGUUCUGCACCCUUGGUAAAACCAACCACUCUCCCAAGGUGUGACGUCUACUUCCAGAAGCAAGGAUAUGAGUUCAUGAUUGAAAAUGGAAAGAUUGUGCUAAACAGGAGCAAAAAACGAAGUGUAAGAAAAGCUGGACUUGGGCAGGGCGCAGCUGAGCGAGGACAGGACCUGGCCCUGGAGGUGGUUUUCAGACAGCCCAGCACUGGCCGAGCUGUCACCUGGACGGGCCCUGGCUUUAUCCGUGUCCCCAGUGGAGCUGGGCUGAGAUUUGCCAUUGACAACAUCCCCCUGGCUAUGGACUUCACUAUCGCAAUCCGUUAUGAGCCUGAGACCUUAGAGGACUGGUUAGCGAGCGUUGCUGUCCAGCCCACUGGUGUUUCAUCAAGUCAACACUGCAAAGCCAGCAGCUUUUCACAGGAACCUCAUGUGUUUGCCCUCCCAGCUACAAAGAGGAUUGCCCUGCUGCAGACCCCAGUCUGCCUGGAGCCAGGAACCCAGUACUCUGUGGAUGCAUAUUUUUCUCAGCCCUCUGCCUCUGACCCAAAGGCUAAACCAUUCAUCUUGAUUGACUCUCUUGGACUUAUUCCCAGAAUCAACUCCAUGGAGAACUUAUGCAACAAAAAGGAUUUAGAUGACUACCAGAAGUAUCACUGUGUCGAAAUUGCAUCGGAAGUUGGACCUCAUGUGCUGCCUGAGGCGUGCGCCCGGCUGAUAGCCAGCAUGUCAGCCCGCCUUCACCACGGCGCUGUCGCAUGCAAGUGCAAUCCUCAGGGCUCGCUGAACGCCAGCUGCAGCAGACUGGGCGGUCAGUGCCAUUGCAAAGCCAAUGUAGUGGGGCGCUGCUGUGACACUUGCUCUGCAGGCAGCUACGGCUUCGGCUUCCAUGGCUGCUACCCAUGUGAGUGCCACCCGCAGGGCUCAGUGAGCUCACUAUGUGACCAAGUGACAGGGCAGUGUGCCUGCCUCCGGGAUGUUGAUGGCCGGCGCUGCAGCCAAUGCCUGCCCGGGUAUUUUGGGUUUCCCCACUGCCGCCCUUGCGCAUGUCAUGGCUUUGCAGAGCUUUGCCACCCAGUGACCGGCGAGUGCCUGAACUGCAGCAGGUUUACAGCUGGAAGCCACUGUGAAAGGUGCAUCGAUGGCUAUUAUGGAAACCCUUCCAACAGAGAACCCUGCCGCCCAUGCAUGUGCCCAGGAGUACCUACAAGCAAGAGGUUUUUCGCACAUUCCUGUUACCAGGACUCCCAGACUUCACAAAUAGUCUGCAAUUGUCUUGAGGGAUAUUCAGGCAACCGGUGUGAUGAAUGUCCUAGCGGGUUCUACAAAAUCCCAGGAAGCCCAGGGGAGGAAUGUGCACCAUGUCCCUGCAACAGCAACAUUGAUGUGACAGACCCGGAGUCCUGUAACAGGGUCACCGGGGAAUGCGUCAAGUGUUUGCACAACACCCAUGGAGCAAACUGCCAGUUCUGCAAACCCGGGUAUUUUGGCUCAGCCCUCAAUCAAGACUGUCGAAUCUGCAAGUGCAAUCCUGCAGGUGUCCUCCCUGCCACAUGCCCUGGGGGGGAUGCAACCUGCCUGUGUGACCCGGCCACCGGAGCUUGCCUGUGUCAGCCCAAUGUGGUUGGUACAACAUGUGACCAGUGUGCACCGGGCUACUGGGACCUGGCUGGUGGAAAAGGAUGUCAGCUCUGUGACUGUGACCUGAAAAACACCCAAAGUAACCAGUGUGACCAGCUUACAGGCCAGUGUCAGUGUAAGGUAGGCUACGGUGGGAAACGCUGUGAUGAAUGUGAGGAAAACUACUUCGGCAAUCCCCAGAAGCACUGCAUUUCAUGCAACUGUAACCCAGAGGGAACCAGCUGGCCCCAGUGUGACAAAGCUACUGGUGUGUGUAACUGCCGUGCUGGCGUCACUGGGCGGUUCUGCGACCAGUGUGGCCGUGGCUUCGAGAAAGACUUUCCCUCUUGCCGUCAGUGCCACCUUUGUUUUGAUGAGUGGGACACUGAAAUUACUGCCCUCGCCCAGACUGUUCAAGGGUUAAUGAGGUUUGCUGCAAGCCUAGAAGAUAAAGGAGGACAGAUGCCCAGCUGUGACAUGCGAUUCAAAGCCUUUGAAGAUGCCAUUUCUGAAAUUGAAAGAAUUUUGAAACGUCCUGUUUUUUCAUGGGAGGCACUCUCAAGCAUCAAGGAUUUUCAUGGCUAUGUUCAACAACAAAUUACACAAAUGAGUCCAAUUCGUAGCAUGCGGUAUGAAUUUCCUGACCUCACUGCGAGCAUUGAAGACAUUGGUGAAGAAGCUGAUCGUGUCUAUGAACUUCUACAACAGAAAUUAGAUCUGCAUCGCACUAUUCAUUACUUGAGCCUCAAAGAGGCCAUCAACAACAUUAAGAAACACUCUGAAGUAUCAUUCCUGGCAGAAGAGAAAGCUCGUGAGACAACCCCAGUGGUAUGGCACUCACAGCACACAAGGCAGAGCGUGCUCACUGUGAUACACAAGCAAGCCUGGGAAAGGAGCAAAGUGCUGGAGCAGCUCAAACUGAUCAAGAUCCCUGGCAUCCAACACUUGGCUGAAAAGAUCUGUGGGGUGCCAGGAAACCAUUCCUGUGCUGCAGCAGCCUGUGGGGGAGGCCCAAACUGCAGCGGAGCUCUUCCUCUCUCCUCCAGUGCGUUCAGGAAAGCUGAGGAGACUGCUGUCCUGCUAACUAACUUGACUACUCAGCUACAGGACCCUGAGAAUCAAUAUCUACAGGUUGAACACAUCAGAAGAAUGGCAGAAGACACCAAGCUGAAAGGCUCACACUUCAAUGGGGAACUGGAGAGAGCUAAGAACCAAAUUAAAAUCGACCGAGAAGUCACAAAGGAAUUCAUCAAAAAAGUGAAAAACUUCUUGUCAGAUGAGAGUGUGCCUCCAGAAGACAUCGAGCAGGUGGCAAGUUAUGUCCUGCAGAUAAACCUUCCCCUGACUCCGAGAGAGCUAAGAAGCAUGAUUGGCAAAAUCAGAAGCAUUAUGGCCCACUGUGAGAGGUACAAACUGAACGCAAAUAAGAGAAACGGGAAAAUGGAAGUGGCUCAGACACUGCUGGUGGAGGCACGGGCUGCUGACAAAGCAGCUAAAGCUCUUCCCCCUGUGGACAAAAUUAAUGACGAACUAAAAAAUGCUGUGAGCUCCCAGGGACGCUCCAAAAAUACCCUCAUGAAGUUAAAUGAAGGGAUACAAGGAAUCAGAGCACAAAUCACACAGGCUGGGAACCAAAUGAACAAGACAAGCAAUAAACUCAAUGACUUUUCAGCAAAACAGUCCAGACUGGAAGAUGAAAUUACCACACUGCAGACGAAGGUGCUGAUGAACAGGAAUCAAGCUACAAAUGUGAGAGCGGGGGCAGAAGCAGCAUACAAGCAAGCUCAGAAAAUUGAUAAUGAAUUCGCUGACAUUAAAAGGAAGUACGCCAUUCUUCAAGAUAAGCUAAAAGCAAAAGGACCUCCAAAAGUAACUCUACAGAAAGUGAAGCAGCUGAAGGAAGAAGCAGAAAAACUGGCUGAAGAGACCGAAAAAAAAAUUAGAAGAAUAACAGAUUUGGAGAAGAAGCUUCAGGACCUGAAUCAAACCAAGCAAGACAAGGCAGAGCAACUCAGACAACUAGAGGAACAAGUGAUAGCCAUUAAAAAUGAAAUCACAGAGCAGGAAAGCAAGUACUCAACGUGCAAAAGCUAAGGGCUGGGCAGGUAAAGUGCAACAGACACCUCUGUGUUUACCGCCUCAUGAGCACAGUGUGGCUGUCCUCUGUAUAUAAGUUUGAAGGUGUGUACAGAAUUUUGGUGUGGGGAAUAAUGUAACUUUCUCUUGGUUUUUAGUCUGUCUGAGUUUAUAUGGAAUAUAAGCAACUUUUAAUAAACUUGUAAUAGAACACCCAACCAAGUAAUCAGGAUACAGUCCUGAAGGGAACUCAAAAAUACACAGCUGUCCACAGCCUGUGACUUCUCAUUGCAAGGGCUGGAAACCAUAGAAUCAUUAAGGUUGGAAAAGACCACUAAGAUCAUCUAGUCCAGCCGUUGACCCAUUCCCACUGUGCCCACUAACCCAUGUCCCACAGU